AUGGCGGCUGAUGAGGAGACUUGGAGUCCCUCCUCAGAAUGUGGACUGUCGACCCCCCCACCUGAACCUGCUGCUGUCAGCUCUGUUCCCCCACUGAGCAGAACCACCUCCAUCUCAGCCUCCGUCCCGUUAACACUGACUGAAGACAUCGAUGGAGACCAGAACCAGAACCAGAACCAGAACCAGGUAGACCCCACCUCCCCCCCACAGGCGAAGCAGCAGCCAAUCACAGAGCAGGAGAAGAGAGGCCACGGUGAUGUCAUCACCUACAACAGCAGUGAAGAGUCCCAGCAGCCUUCCUCCUCCUCCUCCUCCUCUCAGCCCGUCCUCCUCACCUCCACCCCGACCCUCCCCCCUCCUGCUUCCCGCUGCUCCCUCUCUCUCAGCUUCACCCCCCCCCACAGACCGGAGGGAGGCUCCACCCCGUCAGACCCCGCCCCCCUGGAGCUGAGCCCCCCCCCUCCAUACGACGCCCUGUUCGACCUGGCUCUGCCCCGAGCCGCCUCGCUGUUCCUGGGCAGGAAGACACAGGAGGUGCUGGAGAGAGCGUCACAGGAGACCGGAGGAGGAGGAGGAGGAGGAGGAGGAGGAGGAGGAGAGGGGGAGGACAGGGAGGAAGACUUCACCUCCGUGUCUCCCCUGCAGGUCUUGGAUCAGCUGAUCGUCCACGGACACGACGCCCACCAACACCUCAGCAAGAGGUGUUCUCCAGGGAAGCUGGAUCGGAGUCAUUUUGGAGGUCAGGGUGAGGACCUCCAGGCUCUGACCAGUGAGCUGCUGCUGGUUCACAGUCAGCUGCAGUACGAGCGUUUCAAACGUCAGCAGCACGCCGUCAGGAACCGCCGCCUGCUGCGGAGAGUCGUCAACGCCACGGCGCUGGAGGAGCAGACCGUCGCCAUGAAAGCUCAGCUGGGCGUGCAGGACGAGGAGAUCCGCUCUCUGAAGACGAGUCUGCAGGAGGAGCAGAGACGAUACACGGAGCUGCAGCAGGACACACACACACACACUACACGGCUGCACACACACAUCCAACAACUGCUGCUGCAGCAACAGGACGGCCUCAGAGACACCCAGAGACUGCAGACCGAGCUGCAGGAGUGUCAGAGCGGGCUGAAGGAUGUGGAGGCGGAGCUUCAGAAAGCCAAUAACAAGGCUUACAAUGCAGAACACCAGCUGACCCAGCUGUCACUCAAGCUGUGCAGCAGCGAGCAGCUCCAGAACCAGAUCUACAUGCUGAACCAGCAGCUGGUUCUACUGAGAGAGACCAACAGAACCCUGAGAGAACAGCUGGAGGCCGGAGACAAAGACUGCAGCACCGUAAGAACAUAG